UUUGAUUGUAUGGUUUGCAGUGUUAGUGUUUCUACUAUUAAUAGCAAUGAAAGCAAUGAUUUUGUUAUUAACUAAGUUUUGCAUUAUUGGUGCCAAACAUGGAUUUGUAUCAGUGAUGGCUGUUAUGGGAAGCGGUGGACACACUCAGGAAAUGAUGGCACUGUUGUCUCAUUUAAAUGUUGGAAAAUCUAAUGGCAAAUACAGUCCAAUUACAUUAAUUGUGGCCAAUAAUGAUAUGUUAAGUGUUGAAAAAGUGACAAAAUUGAGACAAACAUUACCAGACUGUGAGGUGAAGACAAUUACAAGAAGUCGUUCAGUGGGACAAAGUUAUAUUACAUCAUUGAUUACCACAUUUAUAUCGUUAAUACAGUCAAUGAUAAUUGUGAUAACAGUUAGGCCACAACUGUUGAUUUGUAACGGACCGGGAGUUUGUUUGCCCAUAUGUUUGGCCGCAACACUAUUGCCAACAAAUGUUUGCAUUGUAUUUGUCGAGAGUUUCUGUAGGACUGAAUGUCUGUCCCUUUCGGGCAAAAUUCUCUACUAUUUAGCCAUUUGUGACCACUUUCUGGUUCAAUGGCCACAACUUCAGCGUAAAUAUCAACGAUCAACAUAUUUAGGACUUUUAGUGUAA